CAGAUCAGACUCAGCUGUGGAAACUUCUUCCUGGUUCUGAGCUGUAAUGAAAGCAGAGGCAGUCGAGCAGUUGGUUAAUCACCCUGAGAGUCAGAGCAGGACAUACAACGAUGCCUCCUGUUCUCCACCUAACCGUGUUCCUCUGGGUUCUAUCUGCAACAGUGGACAGUUAUUACUUCUUCUAUUCCGUUGAGUGCCGGAUCCUCGGCUCGCCCCAGAACAUUGAGGUUCUUAUAUCCUUGGUGUACAACAAGGGGAAGGUCCUGACGUACAACAGCACUGAGAAUAAAGUUGUUGCUUACAGUGAAUAUGGAACAAAAUGGGCAAAAGACUUCAACAGCAAACCGAACUGGCUGCGCAUGGAGGCAGAAAAGGUUAUCUCAGAGUGCAGAGAGUACGGAGGACAGCUGUCUGCAGUGGACAAAGCAGUGAGGCCAAGGGUCAUGCUGAGGUCACUGAGGCCGGCCAGAGGAGACCAGCCGGCCGUGCUGAUGUGCAGCGCGUACGACUUUUUCCCCAAACCCAUCAAUCUGACCUGGCUGAGGGACGGUGAGAAAGUGACUGCUGACGUGGUCUCCACAGAGGAGCUGACCGAUGGAGACUGGCAUUACCAAAUCCACUCCCAGCUGGAGUUCACUCCAGAACCUGCAGAGAACAUCUCCUGCAUGGUGGAGCAUCUCAGCUUCAAGGAACCCGCCCUGUUCCACUGGAGCCACAGUGACGAGCCGUCUCUCUCUGAGUCUGACAGAGACAGAAUAGCAGUGGGAACUGCAGCUCUGUUACUGGGAGGAGUCACAGCCCUGACAGGCCUCGUCUACUAUAAGAGAAAACUGACAGGAUGGACAUCAGUGCAGGUUUUGGAACUUGGAAGCAGAACACAGUGACCUCCACGACAUAUGGACAAACAAACAAACAAACAAACAAACAGACAAACAAACAAACAAACGCACGGACUGACCCUGUCACUGUUUAUGAGAAGAUCAUUAGAUAGUCAAUAAAAACAGAAAGGUGUGUUGUUUAUAGCAGAUAUUAGCAGUAGAAGGACACAGUCAUGCUAAUUUAGAGCCGUUAAUGAAUCUCACUACAGAUCAGAGUAUUUUAUAUAUGGGUAAUAUAUUUAUACAUAUCAUAUAUUUAUAUACAGUAUAUUUAUACAUGUACAAACCCUGUCAAAUUACAUGUUGU